AUGACAUCAAUAAAGCCUUUUCAAUUGGAGGAUUUAUUCAACAUAAAUCCAGUUAAUUUAGACCCACUAACAGAAAAUUUCAAUAUAUCAUUCUACUCACAAUACCUAAAUACAUGGCCAAAUCUAUUUUACAAAUCCAUAGAAUCUACAGCUUUACCUCAAGACGAAGUAAUAAGUGGUUACAUGAUGGCUAAAACCGAAGGUUCAUUAUUUAAAAAUGAAUUACAUACACAUAUAACAGCAGUAACAAUAAAUCAAAAUUAUAGACGUAUAAAUUUAGCAUCAAAAUUAUGUUUACAAUUAGAAAAAAUUUCAGAAGUUCAAUUGACUUUAUUUAUUGAUUUAUUUGUAAAAGUUACAAAUGAAUUAGGUAGAAAAUUAUAUGAAAAAUUGGGAUAUUCUAUUUAUAGAAGAGUUAUUGGAUAUUAUGGAAAAUCAAUGCCAUUAGAUAGAAAUUUAGUUAAUGAUGAUAUUGAUGCUUUUGAUAUGAGAAAAAAUUUACCAUUAGAUAAAGAUAAAAAGACUAUAAGAGAUCAUGGUGAGAAUGUUUAUGUACUACCUAAUGAAAUCGUAUUUUUAUAG